AUGAGAGCUAAUUAUGUAAGAGCAUUUUAUUUGCCAGAACAUCAACCAAUGCCAAGUUCUUAUACUUCUCAUUUUAAGUCUCGGCUUCCUUCUCAGCUAAAUUCAAGCAACUUUUGCAAUUGUGGAAGAGAAAAGGAAAUUAAUGAUUAUAUAUGUGAGGUAUGUGUAGAUGCCAGGGUGACUGUCCAGUGUGCAGAGGGACAGCAACUAAUACCUGAAGUACUUUCAUCAUUAAAACCAGUCCUAUGCUCUGUAUGUAAUGAGAGAUUUCCUGAUACUGUAACAUACGAGGCUCAUAAAAGUGUUCACUUAUGCAGCAAACAGCCUGUUGGUCCAGCUACAAAUAGCCGUAAUCUAAACCCUAGAAAUAUGAAAGUAAGUGACCUAAAAAUGGAGUUGCAAAGUAGGCAAUUAAGCACUAGUGGAAACAAAGAUGUUCUUAUUAGACGCCUUGAGGGUACAUUAGCAAGUGAGACUAUAUAG